AUGCCGGCGAUGUUGACGGCGCAGUUUACGGUUCUCUCUCUAUCCCAGUCACCUUCGCCACAGGCGAGCUUCCGCCUUGGCCUCCUCCCCUUGCCGGCGGCGAGGGCCCGCUCUGUCGCUCCGGUGGCAGCAGCCUCUGCGACCGCCGUAUCCGCUAAACCGGCGGCGGCUUCGUCUCCCCUGGUUGCGGACCGCAAGGUCGUCCGUAUCGGGCUUCCCAGCAAGGGCCGCAUGGCCGAGCAAACCCUAAACCUCCUCAAGAGUUGCCAAUUGUCGGUGAGGCAGCUCAACCCACGGCAGUACACUGCAGAUAUCCCGCUGAUUCCAAAUUUGGAGGUUUGGUUCCAAAGGCCUAAGGACAUUGUUCGUAAACUUCAGUCAGGCGAUCUUGACCUUGGUAUUGUGGGUUUUGACAUAGUUAGUGAAUACGGGGAGGGCACUGAGGAUUUAGUGGUUGUUCAUGACGCUCUUGACUUUGGACAUUGUCGUUUGUCCCUUGCGGUACCUAAGGAAGGCAUUUUUGAGAACAUAAUUACUUUGGAAGAUUUGUUAAAGAUGCCUGAAUGGACAGAAGAAAGGCCACUACGUGUUGUUACAGGAUUUGGAUAUCUAGGCGAUAAGUUCUUAAGAGAGAAAGGUUUUAAGCAUGUUCACUUUUUAUCUGCCGAUGGAGCUCUUGAGUCAUAUCCUCCCAUGGGUAUGGCUGAUGCUAUUGUGGAUCUCGUGAGUAGCGGAACGACCUUGCGUGAGAAUAACCUAAAGGAAAUUGAUGGUGGAGUAGUUUUGGAAAGCCAGGCCACUCUUGUAGCAAGUAGGAAAUCUCUGCACAAGCGUAAAGGUGUGUUGGAGGUUACUCAUGAGUUGCUUGAAAGACUAGAAGCUCACCUAAGAGCAACUGCAGAGUUGAUGGUCACCGCAAACAUGAGGGGAAACAGCGCAGAAGAAGUGGCAGAGAGAGUUCUUAGCCAAACAUCAAUUUGUGGAUUGCAGGGCCCGACUAUAAGUCCUGUCUAUUGCAGACGUGAUGGAAAAGUUGACGUGGAAUACUACGCCAUUAAUGUGGUUGUUCCACAGAAGUUGCUUUACAAAUCUAUCCAACAACUGAGAUCAGUUGGUGGCAGUGGAGUCUUGGUAACAAAGCUGACCUACAUAUUCGAUGAGGAGACGCCAAGGUGGCGCAAUCUCCUCUCGGAGCUGGGGUUGUAA